GGUAACAUAGCAACCUUUGUUGACAUUGUCGACCAUUUCAACAACAGCAUUGUAAAUAAAGUGAAGACGUGUUCAGUGGCACAAACAGUAUUCCAUCAACUGAUUUUAUCGGACACAGGUAACGGUUUAUAACAAAUAACAGUCAAGAUGUCUAACAUUGGAUCUGAAGAAAUGGAAGAAGAAGAACAGGGGCCAUAUUUGGGGGAGUAUGAAGGUGAUCGAAAUGAACGUGAUGAAAGACAUGGUCAUGGUAAAGCAACACUACCAAAUGGUGAUACAUAUGAAGGAAUGUAUGAACAUGGUAAAAGGCAUGGAACCGGUGUAUACAGAUUCAAAAAUAGAGCUAGAUAUAUAGGUGAAUAUAGUAAAAAUAAAAAACAUGGCCAGGGAACAUUUAUAUAUCCAGAUGGUUCCAAAUACGAAGGUAGCUGGGUUGAUGAUCAGAGAUGUGGUCAAGGAAAAUAUUAUUAUGUUAAUGGCGAUUUUUAUGAUGGUGAAUGGCAAGGUCACUUACGACAUGGCCAGGGUGUAUACACAUAUGCAGCAACUAAUACAAAGUAUGUUGGUACAUGGGUUAAUGGAAAACGAGAGAGCCAUGGUGAAUUGAUUCAUGCUAAUCAUAAAUAUGUAGGAACAUUUAAAGAUGAUAGAAUGGAGGGUAAAGGAAAAUAUGUAUUUGAUAUCGGAUGUGAACAACAUGGGGAAUAUAUACCAAUAGAACAGGAAAAAGAGGAUAAAGGAGAUGAUGAGGAGCCUCAGGCUAAUAUUAUACCAAAAUGGAAAGCUGGACUUGUCACUGCCAUUCAUUUAAAAACAGAAGAAGAAGAAGCAGAAGAAGCCAGACAGGCUGAAUUAGAAAAAGAAAAGGCUGCUGCAGCUGCAGAGGGAGAGAAAGCAGAAGAAACUACUGAACAAACAGAAACUGGUGCUGAAAAUACUGAACAAACGGCUGAAACACAAGAAGAGACGUCUGCUCCUGCUACAACUGAAGAAACUACAGAACAACCCGAAGAAACUACAGAACAACCCGAAGAACAAUCUGGAGAACAACCUUCAGAACAACCUUCAGAACAACCUGCAGAACAAGCGACUGAAGAACAAACUGAACAAGAAGAGAAGAAAGAAACAACUGAAGAUAACAGCGAAGAAACAACUCAGGAAACUCAAGAAGAGGAAGAAAAAACUGAUUAAUAUAUUUUAGGAAUCUAUUUAUAAACUUUCAUUUAAAUCUUUCUUCCAAAAACAGUUGAAACAGAAUUGUACUCUUCAGCAUUAAAAGUUUUAAAAUAAAUCAAAGUUAAAUAGCCGAUUUGAAGUAGACAGUAGCCAGAAAAAAGAGCAGGCGUCACUUCUCGAGUUUCACAGCAUUUGUCAUGUUUUUAAUUGUAUCAUAUUUAUCAUAAUAAAUUAUAGUUUAUGUAUUAUAGUAUAAAUAUUAAAUGUUGAAUUUAUAUUGAAAAAAA